AUGGGGAAAGAGAAGGCUCCUGCUCGCAGACCACCAGCAGGAGCAAUACCGAGGCGACCCACAAAUCCAAUCAUCCAGACUGACAACCUUCCCGCUACCAAUGAGCCUGAUUCACCGCUGCCCGAGGCACUACUCGAUGACACCACCGACAUUUUGGAUGAUGGACGCGUCUCUCUCAACCUUGAUUCCAAGCUCGCUCAAGUCUUCGCUCAGCUAAUCCAGAUGAAUGAUGAAGAGCCUCCACCCUCGCCGCCCCCCGCCUAUACCGACGUCCCAGACCUUGAAUCAUGGGGACUACCACUUAACAUUGUGAUUCAGGUCGUUGGAAGCAAAGGUGACGUCCAGCCUUUUCUCGCUUUAGGGACAGAAUUGCAGAAGUACGGUCACACGGUACGCCUGGCGACUCACAGCGUCUUCAAAGAGUUCGUGGAGAGUGCAGGCCUGGGCUUCUACUCUAUUGGGGGAGAUCCGGCUCAAUUGAUGGCUUACAUGGUGAAGAAUCCCGGGCUGCUUCCUCGGAUUGAAGCACUUCGACAAGGAGGUUUUAGCAAGAACAAAGCAAUGAUUCGCGAGAUACUCGAUGGAUGCUGGGCUUCCUGUAUCUCGCCCUCUGAAGACGGAGCGCCCUUUGUCGCUAACGCGAUCAUUGCCAAUCCUCCAUCGUUUGCCCACGUGCACUGCGCCCAGGCACUGGGCAUACCUCUCCAUAUCAUGUGCAACAUGCCAUGGACCCCGACUCGGGCGUUCCCUCACCCCUUGGCUAAUAUCAGCACCAAAAGCACUGACCCGAAAUUGGCAAACUAUAUCUCGUACGGCAUGAUUCAAUUGUUGACGUGGAAUGGGAUCGGAGAUAUCGUGCAGAAAUGGAGGGCUACACUCGAUCUGGAGCCAUUGCCACUGUCGGAAGCUCCGUUUCUGAUGGAGACUUUGCAGAUUCCUUGCACAUACUGCUGCUCCCCAGCACUUGUGCCGAAGCCUCGAGACUGGGCCAAACAUAUUGAUGUCUGUGGCUUCCUGCUUCGGGACCCACCACACUAUGAUCCGGCACCGGAGCUUGAAGCGUUUCUGGAAGCUGAGCCGCCGCCCAUCUAUAUCGGUUUCGGCAGCAAUGCUGUUGAUAUCUCGGACGGUUUCGUUAUCGCAGUGCUCAAUGCCAUCAAGGAAUGUGGUCUACGUGCUAUCAUCUCAAAAAUUUCGGGCCGUCUGGCAAGGAUAGAGUAUGACGAAGAUAUCUUCUGGCUAGAUGACUGCCCACACGAAUGGCUCUUCCAGAGAGUUUCUGUCGUGGUACAUCAUGGAGGCUCUGCAACCACAGCUUGCGGCUUGCUGAACGCUCGGCCCACGAUCAUUGUCCCAUUCUUCGGAGAUCAAGCUUUCUGGGGCAACAUGGUGGCUCGCAAUGGUGUAGGGCCUCGGCCAAUCCCUUACCGUCGUCUUACCACCAGGAAGCUCUCAGAAGCGCUCCAAUAUUGCAUGAGCUCGGCAGCGAAAGAAGCCGCCGCAUUCAUCGCAGCGAAGAUGCAAGCAGAGCUUGGAGUGAAAGCCGCCGUCCAGUCAUUUCAUCGUCAUCUGCCCGCCGACUUUAUGGGAUGCGACCUGAUUGUAGACCUUCCAGCUACUUGGAUCUACACGAAAUCAAGGACGGACAUAAAAAUUUCCGGUGCUGCUGCGGAGAUACUGAUCCAGUCCCGGAGAAUCAAGGCCGAGGAUCUACAACUCUACAAGUCCAAACCCAUUAUCAUCGAAAACCGCCGCUGGGACUUUCUCACUAGCUCUCUCUCCGUAUCCAUGGGAGUGUCUUACGAUAUUAUUGCUUCAUUGAGCGGCUUCUGGAGGAAUCCACAGCGAUUUCGAGAGCGGCAAGACAAACAGCGGGCUCUUGCUCGAGGUUCGUCACAGGCGUCGAGCUCAAGGCUGGAUGGAGAGGAAGAAAAGAGCUCAGGAAAAGACAUAGCAAAAAUGGUUGGUGCCUCUGCGAUGAGCAUUCCGCACUUUACCGGCGUCGCAGUGAAAGGGUUUGUUGUUGACUUGCCCGUCGCUGUGGCCGAAGGAUUCAGGAACACGCCAAAGCUAUACGGCGAGAAUGUGCCUAGCCAUGCACCUGUGACAGAUUGGAAGAGUGGCUUCACAGUUGCUGGGAAGACAUUCGCACACCAGAUGGCAGAAGGACUCACAGAUCUCCUCGUUCAGCCAGUCAAAGGCGCAGCCAGGGGAGGGGUUGUCGGCUUUAGUAAAGGCAUUGGCAAAGGUGCUUUACAGACACUUACGAAGCCCACUGCAGCUUGCAUGGGCCUGGUUGGCUACACAGGUCAAGGAAUCUACAAGUCUCUAUAUGCAGCAGUCCACUCGCAAACCAAGAACUCGGUUGCAUCUGCUCGCCGUGUACAAGACAAAUACUUCAUUCGAGCGAAUGGCGCAGAGAUUGCCGCCGCCCUGGUCCACCGCUUCAAUUACACUAUCAAGAACAACGACCAGCGCUUCCAACCGGACGGAGCCAUCAUCACAGAUUACCCAAAAUGA